AUGGGGGUCCAAUUGGAAACCGUGGUGCAUCAGGAUGACGCCCCAACCAAAUGGACUACCCAGCCAGAACCAUUCUGUUUUUCAAAUGCAGGCACAUGGGCUAGCACUCCACUGCCACCUCGGACCUUCCUGCAUCUGGCCAUAGACAACCCCACCAUGCUCUUCAGCAUUGCUGCUGACCACAAGCCUUUGGGCUGUAUCUCCUUCAAGCUGUUUGCAGACAAAGUUCCAACGAAAGAAAACUUUCCUGCUCUGAGCGUUGGGGAGAAAGGAUUUAGUUAUAAAGCCUCCUGCUUUCACAGAAUUAUUCCACGAUUUAUGUGCCAGGGUGGUGACUUCUCCCACGCUACAACAGCCACAGGCAGCAAGUCCAUCUACGGGGAGAAAUUUGAUGAUGAGAAUUUCAUCCCGAAGCACACAGGUCCUGGCAUCUUGUCCAUGGUAAAUGCUGGACCCAACACAAACUGUUCCCAGUUUUUCAUCUGCACUGCCAAGACUGAGUGGCUGGAUGGCAAGCAUGUAUACUUCAGCCAGGUAGAAGAAGGCAUGGAUGUUGUGACAACCAUGGAGCUCUACGGGUCCAGGAAUAGCAAAACCAGCAAGAAAAUCACCAUUACUGACUAUGAACAACUCUAAUAAAUUUGACCUGUG